UUCAUCUUUCUCUCUGUGUCUCUACAGUUUCUUGAGAAACAACAACAAAAAGACUCUUGUCUUUCUCCAAGACAAUCCUACAAGUGUUUGUCUGCGAGAAAAUAAGCAAAAGAAUAAUACUACUCUUCAUAGGAAAAUACAAAGAGAGCAAUGGCAGGAGAUCAACUCAACGUGCUAAACGCACUCGACGUAGCCAAAACGCAAUGGUACCAUUUCACCGCGAUUGUCGUCGCCGGAAUGGGAUUCUUCACCGACGCUUACGACCUUUUCUGCAUCUCCCUCGUCACUAAGCUUCUUGGGCGCAUUUACUACCACGUGGACGGCUCAGUGAAGCCGGGAAACCUACCUCCAAACGUCUCAGCCGUGGUUAACGGCGUUGCGUUUGUUGGCACACUCACGGGCCAGCUCUUCUUCGGCUGGCUAGGUGACAAACUCGGGAGGAAAAAAGUCUACGGCAUGACUCUCAUGGUCAUGGUCAUCUGCUCAAUAGCUUCAGGUCUCUCCUUUGGUAACAAACCUAAAACCGUGAUGACCACGCUAUGCUUCUUCCGGUUCUGGCUAGGGUUUGGUAUAGGCGGUGACUAUCCUUUAUCCGCCACGAUCAUGUCUGAAUACGCUAAUAAAAAGACACGUGGCGCGUUUAUAGCCGCGGUUUUCGCCAUGCAAGGGUUUGGUAUUUUGACAGGUGGGAUCUUUGCGAUUAUCAUAGCUGCGGUUUUCGAGGCUAGGUUUCCUGCUCCGGCCUACCAAGUCGAUGCCUUGAUGUCCACGGUACCUCAGGCUGAUUACGUGUGGAGAAUAAUACUGAUGGUUGGUGCUUUGCCUGCUGCCAUGACGUAUUACUCAAGGUCGAAGAUGCCCGAGACGGCGCGGUACACGGCUCUAGUGGCCAAGGAUGCGAAGCUAGCGGCUUCGAACAUGUCUAAGGUUUUGCAAGUGGAGAUAGAAGCAGAGCAUCAACGAGUUGAAGAGAUCUCUAGAGAUCAGUCUAGACAAUUUGGCUUGUUCUCCAAGGAAUUCAUGAAACGUCAUGGUCUUCACUUGCUUGGAACCACGAGCACAUGGUUCUUGCUCGACAUCGCCUUCUAUAGUCAGAAUCUUUUCCAGAAAGAUAUUUUCAGCGCCAUUGGGUGGAUUCCUCCGGCUCAGACCAUGAACGCAAUUCAAGAAGUUUUCAAAAUCGCGCGUGCACAAACCCUAAUCGCCUUGUGUAGCACGGUACCUGGUUACUGGUUCACAGUUGCGUUCAUUGACAUCAUUGGUAGGUUUGCUAUACAAAUGAUGGGUUUCUUCUUCAUGACCGUGUUUAUGUUCGCUCUCGCCAUUCCUUAUGAUCAUUGGACGCACAAGGAUAACAGAAUAGGGUUCGUGGCUAUGUACUCGUUAACAUUCUUCUUUGCAAACUUUGGACCUAAUGCCACAACCUUUGUGGUGCCUGCUGAGAUCUUCCCGGCUAGGUUUAGAUCAACAUGCCAUGGAAUCUCAGCGGCUUCUGGAAAGUUAGGAGCAAUGGUCGGUGCGUUUGGGUUCUUGUACUUGGCACAAAGUCCUGACAAGAACAAGACAGAACAUGGAUAUCCUCCCGGGAUUGGUGUGAAGAACUCGCUCAUUGUUUUGGGUGUGGUUAAUUUAUUGGGGAUGGUGUUUACAUUGUUGGUUCCUGAAUCUAAAGGCAAGUCUCUUGAGGAAAUGUCUGGUGAGAAUGAGAACAAUGAUGAAAGCAACAGUGGCAGCAACAGCAACAACCAAAACACCACGGUCUCAGCUGCAUAGAGAUUCUAAAAACACUUGUGCUAUUUAUUACUUGUAUCUUUUGUUCACUCUAUUUCUCUCUAGAGAUUUUUUCUCACUAGCAGCUUAAGUUGUUGUUCUUUAUGUCCACUUAUUUAUUGAUCGUUAAAUGAUGAUA